AUGUCAGCUGUCGCCGCUACGACUGCCAACGCCUCGACGGGCUUCCAGCUGCUGCCGAACCCGUCCAACCCGAGCGAGGCCGAGGUGCAAGCGGCGCUCAAGCUGGUGCGAGCGGGUGGCAUCACGUAUCCCCAAACUGCCAAGCCGGACCGCACUGCGACGACGCCCUCCACGACUCCCUCGGCGCCGCGUGACGUAAAGCUCGACAUCUACGAUCCCGCUGGGCUGGACGACAGCGUGCCGCGCACCGUCGUUGUCAGCUGGCACGGGAGCGGCUACGUCGUGCCGCGCUUUGGUGCGGAUGCGGACGUGAACCGAUGGCUGAGCGACGAGCUGCGCGUGACUGUCGUCGAUGGCGACUACGUCAAAGCACCCGAGUUCCGCUUUCCCGAGCCUCUUUACGACGUCGUUGCUGCCGUGCGUUGGGUGGUGCAGCAGCCGUGGUUCGACGGCAACCUCAUCGUCAAAGGUCACUCGGCAGGUGCGCAGUUCGCGCUCGCCAUGGCUAACCGUUCCACCGCACUAUCCGUCGGGCUGACUGCAGACGAGUAUGCCAAGAUCAAGGCGUGCGUUACGCUCUACCCUCCAACCGACUCUUCGAUCCCUUUGAUCGAGAAACCCACCAACGAACAGGGCGAAUUGCCAGGCAUCCCCAUGUCCGCUCUCUCGCAUCAGAUCAUGCACUUUUUCUUCGGCGCCCUCCUUGGCUGGGACGCCGAAACUCAGCAAAACAUGGGCAAGGAUCCGAGAGUGUCCCCCGCUUUUGCACCUACAGAGGCGUACGAGGUUCCGUGUUACGUGAUUGCGUGCGAACACGAUCCCCUAGGCCCAGAGGCCGUCGCUUUCGCAAACAAACUUCACGACCACAACCCCGUGCACGAGCUGUACUUUGCAAACGGCGUAGGACACAGCUUUGAAACGCGCAUCCCUGACGUGCGCGCAAGUGACGUAUUGGACCACCCCGGCGGAAAGUCAAAGAAGGAGAGCUUCGAAGGCAUGCUUGCCUUCAUCCGCAAACACGUCCCCUCCAUCAAAGCCUAA